AUGUCGUUACCAUCAGAUUUUUAUCAGCAAUUGGAUAGGAAAUUUGAUGAAGCAGUUGCCGAUGGCAGCUUGGUUUAUACAAAGUCAGAAACUGUUCCAGAUUGUGUGGAUGGUUUGCAUGUGAGAUAUACAUUAGCUACUGCAUUGGCUAAGCGACCUUCGACCAGCUCUGAUGCCAAGUUGGCUGAACCAGAACAUGAGUCGUCUGCAAGUGGAGUUAAGAGCCCAUGGUUACCGCCAGAUGCCAGUCUGUUAGUUGUUCCUUCAUUCGGUGCUAAAGGGUAUCGAGUUGUAUUAAACAAAUUCGCGGUACAGAAAAAUCACUUUCUUCUUGUUACAAAGUCAUUCGAGCGUCAAACCAGUCCAUUAACAGAGGAUGAUCUUCUAGCUGCUUUUGAGCUACUAGUUGCUGCAAACAAACAGUCUAAAAGACGCCAUGUGGGUUUCUUCAAUUCUGGAUACAACUCUGGUGCCUCUGUUGCUCACAAGCAUAUCCAGUUCUUACCAUUACCAGACUCUGCUUUUGAACCAUUUCCAGAUCAUGUUAUUGAAAAAAUGACCAAUGGUGACAUUCCUAUUUAUAGAAAUGGUGAUGCCCCACUUAAGGAGGAUAAGUAUCACUUCUCGCAUUUUAUCGUCCCCACUCCUAAAGAUCUGACAUCGGGCGACGAGUUGGCCCUACGGUAUUCUGCAAUUAUGGCCAGAGUCAUGACCACAUUGGCCAAAAACAAGGCUGAAUAUAUUUCAUACAAUUUUCUUUUCACUGAAAAAUGGAUGAUGGCUGUGCCACGACGGGCCGAAAAGAUCCAGGGAAAAAGUAUCAAUGCUCUUGGCUGUAUUGGUCUCUUUCUAGCUAAAACCAACGAAGAUUUGCUCUACUUCAAGCAGGUUGGUCCUGAACUCAUUCUUCAAACUGUAGGGUUUAAUGCCGAGGAUAUCGAUGGCAACGAGCUGGAGGGUGAUAUUGGCUACACUAGAUAUUAA